GACGCCGCGGCGGCCGCGGAGCUGGGGAUUAAUGGGAAAAGUUUGGGCAGUGGCAGGUUUCGGAGGAGCCUGCGGAGCCUGCGGGACCGCGGCGGCGGCGGCGGCGGCGGCGGCGGCGGCGGCGGCGCGGGAGGCGGCCGGGGCAGUGUUGUGUGGUGUUUUGGGCAUGCACAUGGUACUCACGCAGUGGCUUCUGUUCACCGACAGAUGAGGACAGAUGCACCAAAGAGGCUGAUGGGAACUGCCCUUUAGAGGUCCAGCUGUAUUCAGACCCAGAUGAUGCCAGAGCUAUGACCGGGCCUGCAGGCGUGGCACCGAGGGGAAAUCAGUCAUGGAGCAGCCACCGGGGGAAGCCGCUGAGGUCCGGGAAGAGGAGGAGAAAAAGGAAGUGGCAGAGGCAGAAGGAGCCCCAGAGCUCAAUGGAGGACCAGAGCGCUCGCUUCCUUCCAGCAGCUAUACAGACCUCUCCCGGAGCUCCUCACCACCGUCACUGCUGGACCAGUUACAGAUGGGCGGUGAUGGGGCAUCAUGUGGCAGCCUCAACAUGGAGUGCCGUGUGUGCGGGGACAAGGCAUCGGGCUUCCACUACGGUGUCCAUGCGUGUGAGGGGUGCAAGGGCUUCUUCCGUCGGACAAUCCGCAUGAAGCUGGAAUAUGAGAAGUGCGAGCGGAUCUGCAAGAUCCAGAAGAAGAACCGCAACAAGUGCCAGUACUGCCGCUUCCAGAAAUGCGUGGCACUGGGCAUGUCGCAUAAUGCCAUCCGCUUUGGCCGGAUGCCAGAGGCCGAGAAGAGGAAGCUGGUGGCAGGGCUGACAGCAAACGAGGGGACUCAGCACAACCCACAGGUGGCUGACCUGAAGGCCUUCUCCAAGCAUAUCUACAACGCCUACCUGAAAAACUUCAACAUGACCAAAAAGAAGGCCCGUGGCAUCCUUACGGGCAAGGCCAGCCACACGGCGCCCUUUGUCAUCCAUGACAUUGAGACGUUGUGGCAAGCAGAGAAGGGCCUGGUGUGGAAGCAGCUGGUGAACGGCCUGCCACCCUACAAGGAGAUCAGCGUGCACGUCUUCUACCGCUGCCAGUGCACCACAGUCGAGACUGUGCGUGAGCUUACGGAGUUUGCCAAGAGCAUCCCCAGCUUCAGCAACCUCUUCCUCAACGACCAGGUGACCCUUCUCAAGUAUGGUGUACACGAGGCCAUAUUCGCCAUGCUGGCCUCCAUCGUCAACAAGGACGGCUUACUGGUCGCCAAUGGCACCGGUUUUGUCACCCGUGAGUUCUUGCGAAGCCUCCGAAAACCCUUCAGUGACAUCAUCGAGCCCAAAUUUGAGUUUGCUGUCAAGUUCAAUGCCCUGGAACUUGAUGACAGUGACUUGGCUCUCUUCAUCGCAGCCAUCAUUCUCUGUGGAGACCGACCAGGCCUCAUAAACGUGCCCCAGGUGGAGGCCAUCCAGGACACCAUCCUGCGUGCCCUCGAGUUCCACCUGCAGGCCAACCACCCCUACGCCCAGUACCUCUUCCCCAAGCUGCUGCAGAAGAUGGCCGACCUGCGGCAGCUGGUCACUGAGCACGCGCAGAUGAUGCAGCGCAUCAAGAAGACCGAGACGGAGACCUCGCUGCACCCCCUGCUCCAGGAGAUCUACAAGGACAUGUACUAAGGGUGUGCACCCGGGGCCUCCAGGGGUGAACGGACAGAGCCAGGACUUUCUGUGGAAUAGCCCCCGAGCCAUGGGAUCAGUCCCGUGCGCAGACACACGGCCACUUGUUCCCUGCCUUCCCCUACCCCGACCUUUUCCAUCCGCCUCUUUCUCAGACCCUCUUUCUUUUCUUAUUUCUUUGCGCGCGCGCUCUCUCCCUUUCUAUGGGUUUCCACCUUCCUUCCUCCCUCGCCUUCUCUCACCUUCCCUCUGUGUCUCCCCAUCCCUUUGUGUGCCCCUCUUUCUCUCUGUGAGACAGUUUGUGUUACUUCACCAGCAGCAUGAAACGGGUCCUCUGCUUUCGUCCGCCUCAUCCCCUGUCCCCCAGGAGCAGGGGGGAAUGGGCCUUCCCUCUGUAUGAACAUUUUACCUGCAAGGGUAGGGGCCUUGCUUCUGUCUUCACAGCAAAGGACUUGGGCCAGCCAAAGAAACACUAAGCUCUCUGGGCCCGGCUUCCUGGGGCUGACUGCAGUCACAGCCCCCCAAGUCACCGGGGCCCUGCCUUGAGGGCCGGAACACCUCCCCCAGACUGUUGCCACCCUCCCCUCUGCCAACCCCUCUCCAGCAGCACGCCCCAGCCCCACCAAUACCAACACCCUCUCUGUUCUUUUACCAGUCUUCCAGGCCAGUGUCAUUAAUGGUCCCCUGCGCUGGCCGCUGGGGGACACCUCCAGCCUGGAAGGAGGUGGGCUUCCCUCCUGAGGCCCCCCACCGAAGAUGAGCAAGCCUCAAGAGAGGCAGAGGUUGGCAGGAAAGGCAGCAAGCAGCAUACUUAAUUCUGACCCCAGGUGUUGGGGUCGUCGGCAGCCCCUCUCCCACCACCCUGCAGCAGCCACCAACCACAGCUCCUAUUUCUUCACCCAGUGCCAGGACUUGGCCUCGGCUCCUAACAGGAGCCCAGCCAAAAGCUCAUGCACACACACCCCCCGCACACACACCCCACCCAACACUCCCUGGAGCUGCCACUCCAGCACACGCAAGCACUGAAUCACUUUACCUGUUCCUCUCCCCUCACCCUCACCCUCACCCUCCCUUCCCUGAGGCAGAUGGGCCAGCCGGGCCUACAGGUGAGCGAUUGGGCAGGGAGCCCAGAACCUGCUCACGGAGGGCAUGCCAGAAAUAAACUGAUCCCACCCGGUGUGACAUCCCUUUGUCCCCGCAGUUCUGUGCUCCCCUCCCCUGUAUUCAGCCCGGCCGACCACCUGGAACUCACCCCACACAGCCUCUGGUGACCGAGGACCUUGCCAGGCCUAGGACUGCUCCUCUGGCCCUUGCCUCUACCCUUCCCCUCCUCCCAGGUGAAGUACCCGGCCUCAGAGGAGGGACCAAAGCCCAACUUGGAUGCUGUGUCUGAGCAGGAAGGCAGAGAGCUCCCCCACAGCCUGCUUCUCCAGGAAGGAAACUGGCCUGGAGGGAUGAGGGACUGGGGAGGGUCUCUGAGAAAGGUGGGGAAGACCUGAGGUUAGAGCCCAGGCUUCCUGGGUCCUGUCCAUCUCCCCCCGCCUUCCGUGCCCUGGGAUCAUUCUCUAUGGAUGAGACUCUUCCCUCACCUGCCCCCACCCUCAGCUGACCAAGGAUUGGGGUUGGGGUGCUCCCUCUGAGCCAGCGCUGUGAAGGGAAAGAUGCUGUGCCUGACCCCCCCACACCCCCUCCCGCACCCAGGCCUGGUGCUGAGGAUCUAGCUCUUUUCAGUGUCUGAACACAAUCUCCAAAACUGAAAUGUAUAUUUUUGCUAGGAGCCCCAGCUUCCUGUGUUUUUAAUAUAAAUAGUGUACACAGACUGACAGAACUUUAAAUAAAUGGGAAUUAAAUAUUUAAGACUUGA